AUGGCCCUGGGUGCCCCACAAUUCCCAUCACUAAAUGAAAAGACCGGAUUGCCACAGUCGAUCCUCCAAAAUAGAGGAUCUUCAUAUCAAAAAGGAAAUAAGACAGCAAAUCGUUGUCGCUGUUGUCCUUACGGAUUUCAUAUUGAUCUCGAUUUCGUUUCUUAUGCUGAAGACGUUGUAAAAGGCAAUUCCCGAUCACCGAGAACGUCAACGAUCGGCCGAAAGAAGUACUCGGAGAAUGGAAGAAAUCUCACUUCUCCCCUCGAUUCACUUUUCAGCGAUUCUCUCGAGAAUAUUGUGUCCGAUUUUGAAGAGAUUUUGGAUCAAAAAAAGCGUCUCGAUGAUGAAAAUCGGCAACUUUUAGAAGCUGGAUAUCUCUCUGAUUUCACUGGAUAUCGAUCAAAGCCUGAUCCCUCCGCGGUUCCACACUAUAAGCAGAAUCGAGCGGACCCGCUCGGCCUCGAGAACACUCCUCGUCCUCGACCUUCACACAGCAAUGGAGCCCGAGCACAGAUCCAGAAGCAAGCCACUGCGUACACUGCUUUGGGUCGAACGCUCUCCGAGAUGAAAGCUCGGCAAAGCAUGGAAGCAUUGGUGGAGAAUCGUGUCUCAACCUCUCGUCCCUCAUCAAUCACUCCAUUCGACCCAUCGCUACUCACCUCAAUCUCUCGUCUGUCAACCCGAAGCGAACACGAUCUUCUACCACCGAAAUCUCCAAGAAAUGAAAGCAGCAAUUUAUCGUGGCGACGCCCAGCCACAGCUCAAUCAACAAUUGAAGCCAGUGAAGAAAAAACAACAAAUGGAAACAGAGAUUUACGAGAUUUUGCCUCACUUCGAAGAGGUCGAGAAAGCGGAUUGCCAGCGGCUGAGGCGACUGGAGCCAGGAUACGCUACUAUUCAGCGUCUCCGAAAUUGCCGAGGCGUCUCACGGCCGCUCCCAAUCUCGAGGAGUCAAAUUUCGCGUACAGUCAUCAAAAUGGGCACACCGUUUUGUCAAGGCAUCAAGCGACGAGCACAUCACCGAGAGAACCAAUUCAGAACGGUCAUUCGGUGCAGGCGCCAAAACCACCGCAAAGAGAGAGUCGCUCAAUUUCUGUUGGAACUGGCCCAUUGCCACCGGCGAAACCUUGCAGCGAGUGUCCACAGUUAAAGACGAAAUUGAAGGACUUGAUUGAGAACCCACCAAUUCCGCCGAAACCGAAAAUGCGCGAAUCGGCCACAUCGACGCCACAGAUUCCGACGACAAAUGAUGCCUGCGUUGGGGCUGAGAAAUUCACGCAAAUCAAUGUCGGGAUUGGGACGGAAGCGGUCAAAGAGGAGAAGAAAGAGCUGGCGAAUCAGGAAUCGCAAACAAUCCCAUUGACAAGAGUUUCCAUUGGAGUCGACGCUCAGCCGAAGACUCAUUCGAUCGAUUUGGAUACACGGGAUUUGUUUGUCGAAGAGAAGCCACUUCUUGCGCACACCUCGUGCAAUACUGAGGGAGAUUUUGUCCCCGCCGAGCCAUCAGUGCCAAUCGAAGAGAAGACAUUUGUCGAUGGCGAGACACAAUUCAUAGCGAUUUCUACAAAAGAGACGGGAUGCGGGGAAAGGAUUGAGAUCAGCGAUAGGGAAACAAUGACAAAUCGAGUCUAUUAUCGCUCGUUUCCAUCUCAAACAGCUCAAGUAGAAACGAAAGAAACGGCUUGUUCUCCAAUCACUCAUUUACUUGAUUUGUACAUCGAAGAGUUGAAAGCACAGCUUGCUACAAACUCUUGCCAAGCAUCACCCUCGAUUUCCACUCCAUCCACGACGAAUGCCGAAGCACAAACGGAGCUCGAAGCCGAACUCCUACACGAGCUCUCGCAAGAGCCAAAACUUUACGCCGAAAAUGCAAUCAAUGAAAGCUGGCUACAGGAGAAAACACUUGUCAACACCGCUAGUGGACCAGAUGUGCAAAGAGUAGAGAUAAUCGACUCAUCCACCCCGUGCAAGUAUUGUCAACAAAAGGAAAACGUUUUCACGCGAAAUGUUGGAGUUGGCGCGUGUGCCAUCACCGAUAAGGUUUGCUCUCAAUGCGACGGGGCGAGCGAUGAAGUUGAUGAAAAUGAGGUUCCCGGUUUUUCCCCAACUGUACCUGUCGAGCUGACUCGCGCGGCUGCCACGAAGAAGUUACUCGAGCAAACAACACCAUUUGUCAGAGGAUCACCAAUCUCAAAAUCGUGUCGCGAGACGCGCCGCAGCAAAUCUGGUGACGAUCUCGAGUUUAUCGAGAAACAGCAUAAUAAAAAUACACAGAAAGAGCCAUCUCCAUCCCCGGCGCCAACCGUUCCGUCAACUGAUGUAGCCGAGGCACUCACCACGAAAGUCAUCCUCAAAAAGGAGGUGCUUCCACCACCUUCUAAACUUCCCGAGCCGAUUCCUGCGCGGAUACCGAGGCCAAAAAUCAGCAAGUAUGCCGUCCCACACGGUGAAGCGGAGACUCCUGACGAGAUCGAAGAGGCACAAGACCGGUUGACUCCGUUGCGCUCCGAGUUACGGACAUUAGGGCGAUGGGCGAGAAAUACUUAUGAUGAACCAACGCAUGAAACGAUUGACGAGAGAAAGGAUAAACAUAGCAACUCCGUUCCAAAAGCCUUCAUUUUGAGCGCUAUUUGGAGCUCUCGUGAUUCUGAAGAGGAGGGCGUUGAGUCGGAUGGAAGUGAGGGAACUUAUGAGAUACAGGAAGAACUGAUUGAAGAGGGCACUCCAUUCGAGAUCUCGACUCCUUUAAAAGAGGCGAUGGGCUCAUUGAAUGAUCAUUUGCAACACCCAGGAUCGAUCACCGAUGAGACGGCGGAAUGGGCGCUGAAAUACGUGCAACACGAGUGGCUGAAAACUGCGGCCAAAAAAAACUCGCAAUCGGCUCAUGUUGAGGUGGUUCUAGAAGCGCUGAAAGAGUUGAGUCAAACGACUCUCAAAACUGUUGUCAACAUGACCGAUCAAAAUGGUAACGCCGCUUUGCAUUACGCCGUUUCGCACAGCAAUUUCUCUGUAGUCUCCUCGCUGCUCGAUUGUGGACAUUGUGAGCUGAAUUUGGCGAAUAAGGCCGGGUACACUCCGGUAAUGUUAGCCGCGUUGAGCAAUUUGGACAACGAUGUUGAGCGGACUGUUGUUCAUCGCCUUUUCCAAGCGGGCAACGUGAACGCUCGAGCCACUCAGCACGGGCAAACGGCUUUAAUGCUAGCUGUGUCUCAUGGGAAAAAGGAAACCACACAAUUGCUGUUAGAGAAUGGUGCCGAUGUGAAUAUUCAGGAUGAAGAAGGAUCGACGGCUUUGAUGUGUGCGGCAGAGCAUGGGCACAGAGAACUCGUCAAACUGCUGCUGGCACAACCAAAUGUCGAUGCUGCGCUAGCUGAUUGUGACGCCUCAACAGCGCUGACGAUCGCCGUCGAGAAUGGACACAGCGAUAUCGGUGUCCUGAUCUAUGCUCACCUCAACUAUGCCAGAUCUGAAUAUGCA